AUUCAACUUUCUAUGUUUUUUCAUUCAAAGAUGACUUUUGUAAAAAACAAAUUUGAUGUAAAAAUUGCAUGAUUGUUAUUCAACUCAUUAAAUUUCUCCACUACUAAAGUGCAAUAUUACUCAUAUCCCUUGUUUUGGAAUUUCUAUAUAUUUACUUUGGCUAUAUCGCUGAACAUUCUUUUGUUUUGGUUUUUUUUUUAAACCGAGUCGUUCAUAUUGCGAUCGACACAACCGUUGGUCUUAGAUUAUUUUAUUGAAGAUGAUGAAGAGUUAUUUGCCAAUACAUUCAGAAAGAUUAAGCGCCAUCUUUCGUAAUUUUUUCACUGCAUACAAACGUAUAUAUAUAUACGUAUAGGCAAAAUUCCCAACAAAUGUUGUUGACAUUUGCAAGUAUCGCUUGUAUUUUUGACAUGUUCGCAUAAACAUACAUAAAUGUACCACAAACAAUUUUCAUAAAGCUGAAGUCAAUAAAAAUUUAGAUUUCUUUAAUUCGUUUUAUAUCUUUUUCAAUCGUGUUGUGUAUCGUGAUAAAAAGAAAAUUUUUCGUUGCUGUUUCGAAUCGAUUGAUACUAAAAGAGAACGUACGAGCACAUCAUCUUUGUUAGGAACUUAAGAGAUAACUUCUGUGUGUGACAGAAAAUUUGAAAAUGAGUUCAACUCCUUCAACCUCAGCAAAUCAAUCCAGUCAAUCAUCAGGUAGCGAGAAAACACCGGAUUCAGGAACAUCUCGCACUAAACGAGCAAAUUCAUCUAAAUCACCAACUCUACAAGCAUUUCACUCUUUUGAUGAACCAUGGGCACAAUUUCUCAAUCAUGUUCUGACAAGAAUUGAUCAUAUUGGACAUGAUAAUGUGGACACGAUGAAAGUAUUUCUAGAAGUACUGGAUAAUAAAUGUGAGAACAUGAAAAACCAAUUCAAGGAUUUUAUUUCGAGUUUAGAUAAGGCCAUUGAACGUUACGAAACAAAGAAGCCAACCGAUUUGGCAGCAGAUGCAAAAAAUGUAAUUUCACCAAAAGAACCGGCACGAAAUCGUUCUUCGUCAUUCAAAGGCAAUCAAACUAUUGAGGAAAUGUUUGCUGCUUUAAACCAAGGCACUGCUAAAAUAUACGAGGCAAUUGAAAAAAAAAUUGAUACAUCAACGUAUGAAGAUUAUUCAAUUUCCAUGGAAAAGAAGUUAAAGAGGCUCAAAGUGAUGUGUGAAGAUAAGAGCCACAAAUUGGAACAAAUUGGAAAAACGAUCAAGGGCGCCAUUGAAAAGAAUGAAGGAUUAAGCAGAUCCAACGAUGCCUGAAUCAUAGCUGUUUGCGAUUCAUGCAUCAAAUGAAUACUGAAUAGUAAUUGAGGAUAAUCUUGGAUGCCAUAUAAACCAUAAAAAAUAUACAACAUUAACAAUAUUUCCCCUCCAAAUUGAUUUUGUUGCAAAGAUGUUUUUCCAAUAAAUAAAAUUAAAAAAAUGCCAUUCUCCAUAA